UGGUUUCCAUUGCUAAUAGAGCAGUGAACAAAGAAAGUUUCUGUUGAUGUAAGUGCCUAGCACACAGGUGCAGAUUUAUGCUCAAAGCAUGGAUAUAAGCAUAUUUCAAAGAAUGCUUGGUAGGUGGAAGAAUCAAUGAGUGACGUAGAAGAUGUGGUAGAGAGAAAAUAAAGCUCAAGGGAGAGAAGGCACAGGAUGUAACAGUGGCUGGUAAAGGCAACAGUGGACUGUGUUCGUUAAUGAUCGACGUCGUUUUGUUUAUUUCCUGGUCCAGAUGGACAGCUCGCAGUUGAUCCACUGUCGGGAGCUAGCAGCACAUCACCUUUCUGCUCUGCAGUCUUCCCUGCCUCUAAAUUCCGUUUAUGUCUACCGUCCCCUCAAGCACACCCUGGUGUCCUGCGACAGAGGAGCGUUGAAAUUACAUCCCUCCUCUGUCUCAGGCCCAGGUUUCUCCAAGGGCAACAGCAAGCCAGAAGUGCCAGUCAGAGGUACAACAGCCUUCUACCAUCACCUCCCAGCUGCCAGUGGGUGCAAGCAUACCUCUGCUAAACGCAAAGUGGAGGAAAUGGAAGUGGAUGACUUCUACGAUGGCAUCAAGCGGCUCUACAAUGAAGAUAAUGCUUCAGAGAAUGUGGGCUCUGUGUGCGGCACUGAUUUAUCAAGGCAAGAAGGGCAUGCUUCUCCCUGUCCACCCUUGCAGCCUGUUUCAGUCAUGUAGUUUCAGGUAUUACCUUCCGGUGCACACUAGGGCUGACAAUAAAAACCAGGAAAGGCUGUAGAGAAGGGCAUGUGCUUUUUCAGACUGAGUGAAGUGAGCCAGGAGAAAAGAAAAACAAGUGGCCUUUUUGUUCCUUUGUGUGGCUACUUACAAUUCAGCAUUAUUUAAUAUAAAGGCAUAUAUUUAUAGACUCAAGAUCCAAAAUAUAUUUAAAGGUAAAGUUCUUUGCACUAUGUCAGUUCCACUUUUUUCUUUGUUAAAAUAAUAGUUUGCCCCAUAUCCAAAAAACUAAAAUAAAAAUCAAGGUUUAAGGGGGAAAGUUGCAAAAUUCAAUGCUAGAAACCUUGUUUCCAGUGUCCUGGGUUUUUCUCUUGUGUUUUCUUGCCUCUCUGUUGGAUACUUAAUAAUCUUUGUGCUUGAUGUAUGUGUUCUGACUCCCACUGAAUAGGUAGCCCCACCCUUUUUUUUUUUUAAAAGCAAUUCAGUAAGCAAAUUUUUGUGUGGCAUCCAUGUUAAUCCAUGGCUCAAGUUGGUUAGUUCAAAAAGGGCACUUUGAGCUAUCCUCAUGAAUCAAUGGUAACUGAAAACAUUCUCUUACUUUGUGUGUCUCAUUUUAGUUGAAAAACUAGAUGACUUUUUUUUUUUUACCUUUUUGCUUAUCUUAAAGCUUAAAAAUGGUGUGUAAUUAGGACAUUUUGAGCAUUUUUGACAUUUGUAUAAAGAAUUUCUUAUAAAGUUAAUAUAUCUGGGUGCUCACCAAAGAAACAUGUAUGUAACACAUACUUAGAUUUUUGUAACUGAUCUGUUCUCGUUCUUUUAAAAUGAGUAGGAGCAACUGUCUAGCUGUGGGGCAGCCGUGAUUGGAGUCUAACUUAUAAUUGAAUUCAGUACCCUAGUUUAUAUUAAGCUGUCAGGAUUUUCUUGAUAAGAAGUUAUUCCCCUUGUUUUUCUCUGAGUGACUUCUGCACCCUGAGCUCCCUUUGCAGUCUGAAGAAGGCACUGUAGUCUGAACCAUGGACUGGUGAUAAAGCCUCUGGUAGCAAUAAAAUGUUGUCCUUAA